UGAAUCUCUUCUGUCUGGUCUUCAACUGGCAAACACAACCGUGCAUACUAAGAAUAACAGAUCAAACAGAAAGCGUUAAAUACUUAUAAUACUAAAGUAACGUCAUGCAACGAUCCGAGUGAGCCCUGCCUACCUCCCAUGUGUAAUACUAGUUUGUCAAUUUCUUUUUCCAUUGUACGUUAUAGUUCAACAAAAUAUACUUUUCUUUUUUUUUCCUAAAAAGAUUAUACAAUUUGUUAAAAACGAAGAAGAUUCCUAAUUGGAACUUUGUAACCAAUCAGUUUUCAAGGUUUUUUCUCUAAUAUUUAUGAAACACAUUUCAUUUUCCAAAAGCUCUGCAUCUUCUCUCUAAAGCCAUCAUCUUAGUUUUGGUGUCUGCCUGGUUUUUGGUCGACGGUCAAAGUCUAUUUUGUGCUUCUCCUAAAGAACGAUCUUAAGGCUUCAUCAUCAUGAGAGUGUUUCUAGGUGCAAUCUACUGUCUCUGCAAAGAUGGGAUAGGAGAGAAAGAGCUACAAUUAGCAAUAGACUAUGCAUGUGGAAGCUUAGCAGAUUGCAAUCCAAUCCAUGAUAACGGUCCUUGUUACCAACCAAACAACAUCAAAAGCCACUGUGAUUGGGCUGUUAACAGCUACUUUCAGAAAGCAGCUCAAGUCUCUGGAAGCUGUAAUUUCUCCGGAACUGCCACUACCAAUCAAAACCCACCUUCCAAUUUGGUUACUGGUUGCAUAUAUCCUUCAAGUGCAUCAACAACAUCACCAACGGGAACAACUCUGACAAACGGAACUACUCCUGCGUUUGGUCCAACCGGAACCGGAGGCUUUCCAGGAAAUGGGGCUUCCAGUUUGGUCAUUUCCCCUGUUUUUACACUCUGUUUCUCAUCACUAGUGUUUCUAUGGGGUUCUAAUGUAAGGCUGGGAUUCCGCCACGUGUAGAGAGAGACAAAGAUAUCCACUUGGGUUCGUCAUUGAUUCUCUUUUGAGUGGAGAAAGAAGCUUAGUUGUUUGUUGUGUUUUUUUUCUCUGUUCUUUCAUAAAAUAUGUAAAGGUUGGUCUAAUUGGAACCUUGAGAUAAGAAAAACAUAACAAAUUUUAGCAAA